CUCAAGUAACCCAAAGACAGACUCUUACAAGCACCACACAGGUUUAUCAUCACCAGAGAGAGCACAGAAUCAACAAGGAACGGACUUUCAAGCACCAUCAAGAAAGGAGAUCUUGCAAACUCAUUCAAUAAGUUCUACCAUGAAUGGAAAACUUCACGUUCGAAGAUGAAACUUGGAUUAAGUGGAUUAAAUUGAUCUGCAUAACUGGUAAUCUCUUAUUUGACAAGCUCUCAUUGACGUGAACAUCCAGGAGAGGAGCACUUCCAAAGCUUUUUCUUUUUAAGCUUACAUUCAUUGUAAAGUGAUUGGGAGACUGUAAGCACCAUGGCUGAAGAGAGACUUAUUCACCUGUUGAAUAAAACUUGGAUGGUUUUUCUCAUGCAAGUUUUGUGUGUGAGGGGCAGUAAGCUGUGGGAAGUGCCCACCGCCCCACUCGUACCUCCUGCCAACCUCAGCACGAGACUGUUUUGGGAGCCCCAGUGCCAGACUCAGCUACGCCAUCUACAGAACGAAGCAAGAAUCACAGCCACCAUACCACCAAAACUAGACGGCCACUGGGUGUCAAGCAGUUUUUUUCUUUACAGAUGUGAAGUGCGACCCGGCCCAGAAUUCCUCACUCGAUCCUACACAUUUUACCAAAGCCCCACACGUCUCUUCAGGGCCCUGCAGCACUAUUACUCUGACAGCGAGUGCCACAUCCCAACCUACUCUCUCAUAAUCAGGGGGAAGCUGAGGCUACGCCAGGCCUCUUGGAUCACCCGUGGAGCCACUGAAGCAGAGCACCACCUCCAUAAAGUAGGAAUGGUCAUUCACAGCCAGAAGGCCAUUCAUCAUCUCUCUACCCGCCUGCCCUCUUCCUGCCUGGGGCUCAAAUCUGGAGGACACCUGGUGCCUCAUCGCUUCUAUGAACUCUUCAAUGCCAAGGCAGAAAAAGACUGCCUAGGUGCUCUUGGGUUCUCCAUGAUGGAACUGGAGUUGCUGCGGGUUGAGAUCCAUCAACAUCUGCACAGCAGGCCGGCUCAGGAGCUCUUUUUAGGGGAUGUGCACAGCGACUGGAAUGAAAGGGUGCACCACAGACCGACGGGUUACCAGGAGCCAUUGCAGAAUGCCAUGCACCACAUCCACCCAUGUCCAGUGUGUGCCCUGGUAUACCGAGCCUCUGAACAGCAACCACCCAUCCUUCCUCCAUCCCCUUCCAUCCCUCUGGAUCUAAAUGGAAACUGGGUGAGUCAACGCUGCGAGUCCCAUCCAGCCGUCCUCUUCCUCACUCGCCUUUUUGCUUUCAACGAGCAGCAGCGCACUUGGGAGGGCACCUACCAACAUUACACUGACCCAAUGUGCCGCCAGCCCAGCUUUACACUUUUGGCAUCAGGUCAUUAUGCUAAAGUUGGACAGUCCGCUAAAGUACGAGGGGCCAUCGAGCUCGUCUUUAAGGUGACACAAGCAAAAGUGAUCGUUUUUGACCGAGCACUGCUGCGGGAAUUGAAUUCAACACAAAAUGGAAGAUGUGGGCAGCUGGGCGAGUGGGAGACGGGCGUCGAGCAAGACAUAACCUGGACGAACGGAUGCGACGCACUGGGGAUACGACUUCCACACAAAGAGUACGAGCUGUUUAAGAUGGGGGUGGAUCAUAAGGGGCGCCCCCUGUUGUUCAAUGGGGAAAGGCCCACGGAUGGAUCCAGCCCGGAUCGACCUGCAAAAAGACCAACGUCUUUUCAAACACCAAUGGUGCAAUGCAGCACAAGGGUUGGGUCGGAGCCACGCUACAGUUCCUACAGUGAUCAUUCGACAGGACCUAAGAUAAGCUCUGCUAGUGCAUUGCACUCUUCGAUAAUUCUGCUGUCCGUUCUAAAUGCAUGGUGCUGGAAUAUUUAUCUUUUCUAAAAUAUGACGUGCCAUUCACAUUACUGAUCAAAUUCUGACCCACUUAUUAUGGGCAUUGUACAAUCUUAUAGACUGGAAGAGGAUUAUUCUUUUUGGUGCUAUAACAAAACGCUUGCUGCAAAUGCUCUGAAACAUGACAUUUUUUUAUCUAAGAAAUUUUCAUACAGCAAAAUCUUCCUCCUUUUAUCCUAUAGUAUAUCAGCAUUAUUUUUGAUGCCUGCGAUUUGGAGCAUUGUUUCAUAUGAACUCCAGAAGAAUGCUACUCAAAACCGGAAGUUCUGUAGAAAGUAUAUUUGCCAACAUUCCAUCAAGACAAACAGUUAUAUAUCAAGUACUUCAAAUACUUACCAGUGUACAACCAAUGGUAUAAAUUUGGGGUGGGACUGUUUGACUGACCAACAGGAGGCAGGAGGAAACCUGUCUGAAACAGUCAUUACGUCUGCAAUUGUUCAGCUUCCAAAUCAGAUAUGGGAGAUACAGAUUCCCUUUUGACUGGGAAUGAAGAUGAUUUCCAAAAAAAAAAAUCAAAACAAAACAAUACAAAGACACUGGAAGUCAAAUGCCUUUUUAUGAUCUUGUAUGUCCCAAUUAUUUGAUCUGAAGUGCAUAUAUGGACUACAUUAAACAUAGACUGUAUUAUUAUAAUCUUUUUAAUAUUAGGCUUUUGUCUUCAAGACAAGGAGACUUUGCUCAUUUUUGCCAUCUAAUAAAUUUUAUGUAGCUUUAAUCUUCUAAUAAUGGUGAGGGUGAACGUAUUUAUUGCUACCAUUAAAGUAAUUUUGAUAAGAAACUGCGUGGAUGCUUUCUUGCAUGGAUUCUCUCUUAACAUAUCUGCAUAUACAGCACUGUACAAAACGCAUAGUGUGUGACUAUGCAAGUUCGGUGAGCUCUUGCACAAUGGUUCAAUUCACAUCCAAUGUUGAAUACAUGUGCAAGACAUUUGAACGGAGCUGUCAUAUGGCUUCCACAUUAUGCUCACGCUCGCCAAUAUCUGAAGCGUAAGUUCUCAGAACUCUGCGUACAAUUCACUCCCUCUGUUUAUUUGGAAGAACAGGAAGUGUUCAACUCAUUCAGUCUUAGUUUAGCAGAGCGUGCUAUUUUCUGUUUUUACAGAGUGGAGUGAUUCCUUGUUCUGGAGGCAGGCUUUAGAAGCCAAAAAAUUCC